AUGUCAACUCAAGACCAAGCAGUUGAGCUCUUGGGCAAAAGCGCAGGCUAUGGUAUCCUUGUGGGGGUCGGUGCCCUCUUUGCAAUUGCAAUCGUCAUUGCUACCAAGCUCCUGAAUAAGUACUUGAACGAAAACUCAAACUCCACGGAAAUGUUUAUGGUUGCAAAUAGAAGUGUAGGGAUCGGAUUGACCAUCAGUGCGGUGUAUCUGUCGUGGACAUGGGCCACUGCAUUUUUGUGGUGUGUCACCAUGGUUUACUUGUACGGAGUCAUGUCGUCGCUAUGGUUUGGGGCUGGGACAACUGUUCAAAUAUGUCUCAUGGCUGUUCUUGGGAUCGAGGCAAAGAAAAAGAUCCCAGGGAGUCAUACCUCGUUGGAAAUCGUAGAAAUCAGAUAUGGUAGAGCAUGUCAUUUGUUGUAUAUGUUCUUGUCGUUGGUGAAUAACUUGUUGUCGUGCUCCUCUAUGAUUUUAGGAGCUUCAGGUGCCAUCUCCAUCAUUGCCGGGAAUCUCAACAUCGUUGCCAGUACCAUGUUGAUCCCUUUUGGUGUGAUUCUUUAUACUACAGUGGGUGGGUUAAAGUCCACCUUUUUGACAGAUUACGUCCACUCGUUUAUUCUCUUGGUGGUGCUCUGCUACAUCACCACCGCUGUAUUGGUGAGUGACCAAAUUGGUGGGAUUGGAGGUCUCUAUGACUUGGCACUUGAACACGAUGGGAAGCGUUACAUCGAGGGCAAUUAUAAAGGUUCGAUCUUAACCGGGAAGUCAGAAGGUGCACUCUUUUUUGGGUUGAUCCAUGCAAUAGGUGACACCGGGUUAACCGUCAUGGACAGCUCCUUCUGGCAAAAAAGUUUCAGUGCAGAUCUUAAAUCUUCAGUGCCUGGUUAUAUAAUUGGUGGUUCGGUAGCAUUUGCCAAUCCUUGGGCAUUGGGUACUAUUGUUGGAUUAGCAAGCAUUAUUUUGGAAGACAGUCCUUCUUUUCCUACUUAUCCACGUCAGAUGACCUCCUUUGAAGUAAACAGUGGGUUUGGUUUACCCUAUGUGUUGAAAGCGGUCCUUGGAGAUGGUGCCCUUGGCGCAUUGUUACUCGUCAUUUAUCUUGCCGUCACUUCCACCGUCAGUGCCCAGAUGAUAUCUGUAAGUAGUAUCAUUUCCUUUGAUAUUUACAAGAAGUACAUCAAGCCAGAUGCUAAAAACAAACAAUUGAUUCGAAUUUCCCAUCUUGGAGUGAUCUCUUUUGGACUUUUUGCAGCCGGGUUCUCUGUAAUGCUUCACUUUGUUGGUGUGGACAUGACAUGGAUGGGAUACUUCUAUUCCAUGCUUAUUUGUCCUGGGGUUAUCCCGUUGGUUUUGACCCUAACUUGGUCAAGGCAAACCACCUUGGCGGCAUUUUUAUCCCCGAUUAUUGGGAUGGUUGCAGGAAUCUCGGUGUGGUUGUCUACCGCAUACGCAUUGUAUGGAGAGGUGACAAUUAUUACCACCGGUGCUCAACUUCCAUGUCUCUAUGGCUCGUUGACAACAAUUUUAUUGCCCGGGAUUGUUUCAGUCUUGAUAUCCCUUACCAUAAACCCGUACACUUUCGAUUGGAAUAAGUUUAAAGAAGUUGACAUUCUUGUGGUUGAUGAUGAAGAAGAAUCUGAUUCUGUUCAAAUUUCUAGUGGAUCCUCCAGUAGUCUGGAUAUUCCCAUCAGUAAGCAAAACGAUGUUGGUUUUGAGGUGAUCGAUGUCAGCAAUGAAGACGAAGAGAAGGCACAGGUGGGGACUUCAGAGGAAGAUAGGAUCAUUAGCUUGUACUACAAGCUCGCAUAUGGGUCUACUGUGUUCACAUUAUUGUUAACGUGGGUUGCAUGGCCAAUGCCACUCUAUCGUGAUUGGAUUUUCAGUCGUACCUUCUUCUUUGGAUGGACUACUGUUAGUCUUUUGUGGCUCUAUCUCGCCUUUAUUGUCGUUGGAUUGUUUCCUCUUUGGGACGGGAGACAUGAACUUUCCAAGGUAUUCAAAGGUGUGUGGAGAGAUUAUAUUGUUGGAAAAGGUCUGCAUGUGGUGGCUGCAUAG